GGUCCCUUCCUCCUCUUGCUCUCUCUCUCCCUCCACUCCUGCACAUCUCUGUCACACAAUUGCAGACUCGCAGCGGCUCUCCCCCCUGAGCAUCAUCUCCACUAUCGGAGAUCCUCCUCGUGUCUUGUGUUCUGCUGGGUGGACGCACGCCCCACAGUCACCAUUUCUGCCCCGGAGAGCUCCAGGCUGGCAGCACAGCCCCUUCCCAGGCUGAGCAUCGGGCGGAAGACCCUGGUGGCAGCUGCAGUGGGGGUCAUGCUGGUCCUGGUUCUGGUGGUCCUCAUCCCUGUGCUCGUCAGCUCUGUGGGUGCUGGUGGCACAGAUGACAGCGCGAGCCACUAUGAGAUGUUGGGUACCUGCCGGAUGGUGUGUGACCCCUUCCCCAGCACGGGCACCACAGGAACAGGGAUCCACAUGGACACAUCAACCAGUGGCUUCCUGGUGGACAAUGAGGAAGACCUAAGCGAUCACAGCAUCAGCCCUUCACUGCCUACAUACAGCACAAACGGCCCACAGGGAAAACCAGGACGUCAGGGCAAACCUGGACCUCCAGGACCUCCUGGAGAACCGGGUCCACCGGGCCCAAAAGGGCCUCCGGGGGACAGCGGAGACAUAGUUCGGACGGGGAUCCUGGGAGCGGUUAGCACAACCACCUACAACACCACUCCUCGAGUGGCGUUUUAUGCAGGACUCCGAAACCCCCAAGAAGGCUAUGACAUUUUGCGAUUCGAUGAUGUGGUAACUAACAUCGGGGGGAACUACGAGGGAAAGACGGGCAAGUUCACCUGUAAGAUUCCAGGGACCUACUUUUUUAUCUACAACGUUUUGAUGAGAGGAGGAGACGGCACCAGCAUGUGGGCUGACCUGAUCAAAAACAAUCAGGUCAGAGCCAGUGCUAUUGCCCAAGACCAAGACCAGAGUUAUGACUAUGCCAGCAACAGUGUCAUACUUCAUCUGGAUGCAGGUGAUGAGGUUUUCAUCAAACUGGAUGGGGGCAAAGCUCAUGGGGGCAACAGCAACAAAUACAGCACCUUCUCUGGGUUCAUCCUCUAUGCCGACUGACAACCGGGCAGAACAGGAGGCUGGGAGGUGAAAGGUCCCAGCCGCAGACAUUUACUUCCUGACUUCCACUUGGCAUUCUUGCAGUGAGGUUAAUGUCACAGUCACCGCUCCACAGUCUUUAAAGUAAUGUAAUGAUGAUGCACGCUGCAGUUUUGUAGUUUUCGCUAAUCUCUUAAUCUGUUUCAAUACAACAUGAUUACGUACUGGGUGCCUAUGCUGCUAACAUUAUGGACAUGUGUCAUGCGGUAGCAACUGUGACAGCACAGAGAGGCCAUGCCAUCAUUCCUCAGCUGUCAUGUCAAAUUCAAGUCUGGAAAUCCCACAGUGGUGGAGGCCUCAGUGUUAGUAAAUGUGCUCUCUGGGUUUAUGUUAUGGUUAUGUCUUUGCUUUCACAUGCUGUCUGUGUGAUAAGAUGUUUUCCAUCAGUGGAGGAGGAGUCCUGCCUCAAGACAUUUGUCAAAAAUGUGGAUGUAAGAAUGAGACCAUGAUGUCCGAAUGCCAGAGCGUAAGAAAAGGUUUCAAUGUGAUGAUUUGAAAAGGCGUGUCAUAUAUUAGACCUACGUUACAUCUUUAAUCUUUAUUAAGGACAGUGCACAUUAAUGAACAAUCAACACUACUGUAUAGACUGUAAAUGAGCCAGAUUAUAGCAUAAUUGCUAAUUUCCAUCUGUAGUCCUAGACAAGGAGACCCAAACAACCUAAAGACAUUAUAAACAUACAAUCAAGAAUUAACAAACAUUUAACAAACAUUAACAAACAUUAACAAACAUUCAGAUUAAAAUGCUCGGUUGAUUAGCACCUCAAUAUGUAGUGUUAUACCGUACACAAAUGGAAGCACAAAUCUAAUGUCCUAAUGUAAGAUUUUUCAAUAUAAGACAAGUUUAUUUUAAGGCUAUUGACACAUCUUUACCAGGAGAGCCAAUAAAAGUGGAGGGUGAUGUAUGUAAUAUUUGGCAUAUUGUAUAACAUGUAAAUUCGAUAUUAACUCUGUAUCUCAAUACAGACAAAGCAUUAUCAACCAUA